AUGGCAGUUUUUCGUCUGAUUUCCUCGGCGGUGUUGAGGAGCACAUUGCGAGUGCCGCCGUCAUUCCGAGGGGGUCGACGGUACUCCACGGGUGGGGCUGUUGAUCGUGGAACGAACCUGGUGUGGUCCGGCCUCUGGCAAAUGUUGCUCGAUUUGGUGUGCGUCGCGCUAUCGGCAACGAUUGGAAUCGAAGACCAGCUGGAGAAAGCUCUAAUCUCCACUACCGUGGCGGGCCUGCUUCUGGGGCUCCUCUUCCUUGAUGCUGUUCUCUCCACAAGGGCGUCGUCGUUCAGCAUAUUGAACUUUAAUGUGCUCUUCUCGAUCGUGUUCGCGAGGAUAGUGGUGACCGCGUUGCAGGUCGUCCUGGCAUUCCACGGGGUGCGAAACGCGGCAUCGUCCACUGCGUUGUACGGAACGUUGUUCGCCCUCUCCGUCGUCAAGAUAUUUGGAAGCCACAAGAAUGAACUGAUGCCCUGUAUGGACGCGGUGAAUCAAAGAUACAUGUCCCAGAUAUCGAUGGCCAAAAUGUACCGACCGCCGCCCAAGGUGGACCACAGCCACCAACACGUCAGCUCCUCGACCAUCGACCUUUGCAUUUUGCGCAACACGGCUGCGGUAAAGAUUCAGACCCUGGUGCGAAUGUACCAAGCCCAUCAGAGGGCUGUUCGGCGCCAAGAAGUGGUCGUAUGGCAGUGUCCUCGCGUCAAAAGCAUGCGAAGGCGACUGACGUUUCGGGCCUACGCAUGCCUCAUCGUUUUCACCGCGUCGGUUGCAUGGAUCAACCUCUGCUACGUGGUCAUGUACGAUGGUCCUGCUAUACGGUGCGGGGACUGCCACAAUUUCCAAUAG